AUGGCCGGUGGUGCGCAGGCGCAGCAGCGCCAGGUGACAGGUACCAAAGUCAUGAUCAUCACCGACGACGCUUCGGCCGGGACGAGCCAGCCGUGGCAGAGCAUUCAGUUCCUGGCGGACGCCCUCACGGCGGUCAACAAGUCGUACGACGUGUUCACCGUCAACGCCUCUUCGCGCCCAGACUCGACCUGGUUCUGGAACGCGGACGGCACCGGCAAAUACGUCGGCUACAUCAUGUAUCCGCCGCUGGAGAGCCGCGGCGCGCUUACCCCGUCCGAGAUUAGCCUGAUCUGGGACUACGCCGCCAAGACCGCCGUCAGGAGCAUCAAGUACGGCUGCGGCAUGACGACCCUGGGCUUCACCGAGACCUCCGCCCCGGGCGGCCCGCUCAACACGCAGCUGUCCUGGAAGCCGGACGCGCCCUUCGGAACGUCGGGGGUGUCGCCCAGCGCCUCCUUCAGCGACGGCGGC